CGCUCUCCCUCUGACUGUUUCGAAUGCUACUUUGGCGUUCCAGCCGGGAAGCCGCUGCCGUCGGAGGGGAGAGGCAGGAAGAAGGCGCGGGGGCUGCGGGGACCUGCCGGUCAUCUGAUCCCAGCCAGAGCCGCGUCCGGCAGGGGACGAGGAAGGAAGGCAGCCCUCCGCCACCCGCGAGAGACCCGCCUAGCCUGGCAGCUGAUUCAGCGUUGCGCUCCUUGGCUCACGUCGCAAUGCCUCCUGCAGGCCGCCUUGCGCCCGGCUCUUCUCCGGGUCUCCUUCAUUGAUUCCUGCAGCAGCGGCGUUUUUAUCCUCCUCUUUUCCUUCGGCUCCCCCCCCUCGCCUCUUUUCUUGGGGAAAAAAAAGAGAGAGAGAGAAGGUAGUUGGGGAAAGUUUGCGAUUCUUCUUCCUCUUGGCCGCCAAACCCUUUUGGGGAAACUCCCAGCCUGCUUUCCCUCCGACCUCGGUUGGGUGUUCUGAUUUUCCCACCUCCACCCCCACGCUUCUCCUUUUAAUUUAAAAAAAAAAAAACCCGAUCGGAUCAUCCUCUCCACCAUGGCGAUGGUCCUUCUCUGAUGCUGCACUCCUUUCGAGCCUUUACAUUUAUUUUCUGGAGCCAAGCCGAUCUCUUUUCGGAAUGGAGAUCUAAAUUCUCACCUCCUUCCUCAAGAUCCUUUAAACAACCACUUUCCUUUCUGUCCUGUUUUCGCUUUUAACAGUCAGAAUCAUUGUUUUUUUAAGGGUGUUGAAUCUUGUUUUCUUUUAAAGGACUGGAGAAAAAGAAGAAAACACAUAUAUUCCUUUUCCUGCCCUUUCUUUCUUUUUUGCUCCCAGUUACUGUAUUUUCUACACUGCACCGCUUUUUGGUAAGCCAGUAAUUUGGGAGAAAUCUCUCCCCUUCCCUCCCUAUUGGCUCAGAAACCAUUUUAACCAUUUCUGUCUGCUUCCCUUCUCACAACAAGUGAAGCCAAGAUCUUCACAAACCGUGAUUCCAGUAUUGUUCCGCCAGAACAAUCAACGUACAUCCAACGUACAUUGUUUGGCAGAAGAAGAAACUGCUUUUGAACACACAAACUGAGCUGUGUUCCUCUGUCCAUUUGACCCCCAAGGGAAGGAAAAACAUUUGGAAGGGGGAAAAAAAAAGUGUGGGGGGAAGUUUUGACAUCUUCCCAUCUUGAGGCUGUUACAAACAUUUCCAUGUUCUUUACGAUAAUUUUUUGGAGGAAAAGACAGUGAAUCCUCACGGAUUGACUCAGUUCUUUGGAAAUUGUUGGCAAUCUCAGCGAGCUGCGAUGGGGCUGUGAAGCCAAUCCUGUGGGAGAGGCCCUCCUGGAAAGAACCGAGUUCGAGAGAGAGAACAGUGAGGGAAGCUGUCCCAGCACCGUGAAUGGCUGCCAAGGAUUAUGACCACUUGUUUAAAUUGCUUAUCAUUGGAGAUUCGGGGGUUGGCAAAAGUAGCCUUCUGCUCCGCUUUGCAGAUAACACCUUUUCAGGUAGCUAUAUCACAACAAUUGGGGUAGACUUCAAAAUCCGGACACUAGUGAUUAACGGAGAAAGAGUGAAGCUGCAAAUCUGGGAUACGGCUGGACAGGAACGCUUCAGGACUAUUACUUCCACGUAUUACCGCAAUACUCAUGGUGUCAUCAUUGUUUACGAUGUGACAAACGCCGAGUCCUUUGUUAAUGUCAAACGUUGGCUGCAUGAGAUUGGGCAAAACUGUGACAAUGUGUGCAAGAUUUUGGUGGGUAAUAAAUGUGAAGACCUGUCACGGAAGCAAGUAGAGUCUGCUGACGCCCGGCGGUUCAGUGAGCAAAUGGGUGUGCGACUGUUUGAGACCAGUGCUAAGGAGAACCUCAACGUUGAAGAGAUGUUCAACGCCAUCACCACCAUGGUGCUCCGAAUGAAACAGGAAAACCUGGCACGGCGGCAACAACAGAAUGAGGUCGUCAAAAUCAACAAGCCCAAAAAAAAGCCUUCAGUCAAGAAAUGUUGCUGAAGGGGCAGCCCCUAUAGAUGCCUCUUCCUUUUGGAGGUUUUUUUUGAUGAACUGUGGGGAAUUGUGUGGGUGAAAAUCAUGGCUGAUAAGAUUUGGGGUGGCGGGGGGAAGGGCUUUUGGAUCUUGAUAGGAAGGGCAGGAGAACCAGUAUGAAUCCUCCUAGCCCUGGAAUUCUUGUUUCUCUUCGCUGGGGAAGUUGAGUUGUGGGGAUAGAAACACAAACUGAAGCAUUGCUUUCCCUGCCUGAUGAUAGGUUGCGGGAGUUGUAGGCUGUACUUACAAAAAGGGGGUGUGGGGGGUGGGUGGGAAGUACUGAGCAGCAUUAAAAAAAAAAAGACUACUGAAAUCAUUAAGGUGAAUAAAAGAGGACGUGGGGCGUAGCUGAGCCCAAGGAAAUUGUCCUUCUCCCCAUAACUGAAAAAAAGCCUUUCUCUACAACUUUGUUUACUCCUUGUAUUUUAUUUCUCCACUUGUGGUCUGAUAGUUGGAAUUCAACUGGUAUUCAAAUUUAAGUCAUGGUAAGACGGCUGCAGGGUGAGGGAGAAGGUGGGCAUUAGAUUAUUUUGGAGCAAGCUCUUUCAGGUUCUGGAGCUGUGCCACAGUUUACAUCAUAAUAGGAGGAAGUGGAAAAAACACAAGCAAAAUGCGUCAGAAUUUCCCAGCUGAUUGUAUUGAGAGUUUUCCUUCUCGUCUCUCUAGGCUUGCUCUGAUUACUCUAGGUAGGAAUGAUUUAGGACCAAGCUACUUUGCUUUUCUCUUAGGAUUUGGAAUUUUCUGUUCAAUUAGCCCUCUCCUUCAAUCCAAAUGGUGGGA